AUGGAGCUUGAACUCUUUGUUUACCCUGAAAGUGGAGGACUGUUGAAUUCCCUCAGGAUGUGGGCUGAGGGACUUUUUCUUCCGCUUUCUAAGGUGCUGAGUGACUUGAUUAGCAUCCAAUCAGUGUUUGUCUUUGUGCCGCUAGUAACCAAUGAAAGGGGCAGGUCUGGGGCAGCUAGCAGGGUAGGAGUUGGUGGCGUUUGUGUGAGAGUCCGGCAUCCGACCCCAGUGGGGAGGGGGCGAAUCGCAUUUAAAGGGCUAGUCCCAGAGUUGCCGGAAAGUUGUGUGGAGUUAGGGGGGCCGGCGGGGUCCUGUCAGGCGACACUCGCGUCGCGGCUGACGGCUCAGCGCGCUGCCACCCAACAGCAGCAGCAGCAUGGAGCAGGCAGCACCGAGAAGCUAACAGAAGAUGAAAUAGCAACCAUUCUUAAAUCCACACUUAAAGGACUUGAAUAUUUGCACUUCAUGAGAAAAAUACACAGAGAUAUAAAGGCUGGAAACAUCCUCCUUAACACAGAAGGACAUGCAAAAUUAGCUGAUUUUGGAGUGGCUGGCCAAUUAACAGAUACAAUGGCAAAACGAAAUACUGUUAUAGGUACUCCAUUUUGGAUGGCUCCUGAGGUAAUACAAGAGAUUGGUUAUAACUGUGUGGCAGAUAUUUGGUCCCUUGGUAUCACUUCAAUAGAAAUGGCCGAAGGAAAACCUCCAUAUGCUGAUAUACAUCCAAUGAGAGCUAUUUUUAUGAUUCCCACGAAUCCACCGCCAACAUUCCGGAAACCAGAGCUCUGGUCUGAUGAGUUUACUGAUUUUGUGAAAAAAUGUUUAGUGAAGAAUCCUGAGCAGAGAGCUACUGCAACACAACUCCUACAGCAUACUUUUAUUAAGAAUGCCAAACCAGUCUCAAUUUUAAGAGAUCUGAUCACAGAAGCUAUGGAGAUCAAGGCAAAGAGGCAUGAGGAACAACAAAGGGAGCUGGAAGAGGAGGAAGAAAACUCGGAAGAAGACGAGCUGGACUCCCACACCAUGGUUAAAACUAAUUCAGAGAGUGCUGGCACAAUGAGGGCCACAAGCACAAUGAGUGAAAGUGCCCAGACAAUGAUUGAACAUAACAGUACCAUGUUAGAAUCAGACUUAGGGACUAUGGUGAUAAAUAGCGAUGAUGAUGAUGAUGAUGAAGAAGAAGAUGGGACUAUGAAAAGUAAUACAUCAUCACUGAAAUAUUUUUCCUUAAUGAAGACAUCAGGAAAUGCUACUUCACCGCAAGUACAAAGACCUUCUUUCAUGGACUACUUUGAUAAACAAGAUUCCAAGAAUAAAAGCCAUGAAAACUGUAAUCAGAAUAUGCCUGAACCCUACCACAUAUCCAAAUAUCCUGAUAACUGGAAAGUCCCUCAAGAUGGAGAUUUUGAUUUUUUAAAAAACCUAAGUUUAGAAGAAUUGCAAAUGAGGUUAACGGCUUUGGACCCUAUGAUGGAACGAGAAAUUGAAGAGCUUCGUCAAAGAUACACAGCGAAGAGGCAGCCUAUCCUGGAUGCAAUGGAUGCAAAGAAACGAAGACAACAGAAUUUCUGAAUUUGUCUUACUCUCAAAGAUAAUGGUAGUAGUCAACAUGGACACUUGUUAAAUUGUAAAUCGGAAGGAAUUCUAGAGUUAUGAGAGGUGUUUUUAAAACUUUAAAUUGUGCUAAAAUAACCAAGCAAAGUUGGAUCAGUGAAAGAACAUGUAUAUGGUGUUCAGCAAAGACGGUGGAACACAAUUAAACUCUUCUGUGCAUUUACCACACUUCUAUUUUCAAAUAUUUAAUGUAAUAGAAGUUUAAUCUGUUUAGUGGUAACUGUGUUGUACAAUGGGAGAGUGUUUAGGAUACCUGGAAUAUUUUGAAGUGUUUCCUGGUUGUGCAGCACUACAGGGCCUUAUGUUGCAAUAUAUUUUUCUCCCAUUUAGUAGCAUAUUUAUUAUAUACUCGUAGGUGAUUGUAUUUAUUUUUAUGCCCAUUUAUUUUUUGAAACUUGGGGGGGAGGAGUUAUUAGGAUAGUUGUGGUGGAGAGCAGGGCCAGGUUAGUUUAAAUUGAAUGUGGGAAUGUAAUAAGAAAGAAACUCACUGCUAUAUUAAAGCCUUGAUUCAGUGCAGCAUUUAUGCAUGUGCUCAAGUUCCAUUGACAUUGAUAAGUUAAGCAUGUGCUUAAGUGCUGUCCUGAAUCAGGGCCUAUGGCUGUAAAUGAGUGACACAGUUGCUACACUAGAGAACAUUCAUAUAAGGGCCAAUUCUGUCACCCUUACUUACAUUGAGUGGUCUCCUACUAUAGAAGGAAACAAGUGCCUACUUAGUUUUAAUUUUUCUAUAGUGCAGGAGAAGCAACAAGUACAGUCACACCUAUGGUAUAUACUUCUAGUUGCUAUUGCAAUUCUUACAUUCUGACCAGUUUCAAACAUCAUUCUGCACCAUAGUUUUGUAAUGAAGCAACAGUUACACUUUUUGGCCAGUGUUUUUUACCUGGUUGGUUUGUAGUAGGUUUUUGUUUGUUGUUGUUUUGUAUUGUAGACGUGUAGCUAUAAGGGACACUAAUUUAAAAGCCAAAGAAAAUCAAUGGAAAACCUGUAUUAAUCUGUAAUAAGCCUCCAAAAGAAGCAAAGCUUUGCAGUAUUCCUCAUCCUGCAUUCAUUGAACAUUCAAAAUUCCCACUGUCUUCUGUAAGAGUUUUGGGUGCAUAAGGAAUGCAGGACCAGGCUCUUGUUAAUAUCCGUGUCCAUUUUUUGUCUCUGGUUCAUGCAUGUAAAUAUAUGGUAGGUGAAAUAUAUCACAUUGCAAUAAAUACAUGAGUCAUUUGUAUGAAAAUGUGAUCCACUUUCUGAACCAUCGACUGUGGUCACUAUUAAUAUUACUAUUGCCACAAUUUUUGCCUUUUGCCUAAUUAACAUUAUUGUGGUAUUCGGGUAUAUCCCUAGAAGUCAGACAUAAUGAUAAUUACUUACAAAAUGCAGCUAUACAGAUUUUAAUGGUGCCCAUGGUUACUGGCAUCCUUCUGUUAUAUGUUUUCUGGAAGUUAGUAAACAUCUCGCGUCUCUUGGCAUUUACUGUAGUCAGAUGUGGACCAUUUAUAUUGAACCAUGAGCCUUUGGAAACCAUGCAUUAUUUUUAUACAGUCUAACUAAACAAGGAAAAAAUAGUUUUAAACUGAUCAACAUAUGUCUGACCCUUCUGGGACCAAUUCUUUUUCUGGAGUUGUAUAUGGCCAUUGUUAUCAUUUUUGUUCUACUUGUAUAUGUGUAAUUCCAAACUGUAAAUCAUAAAUUCAAAUACAUUUUAACUGUGGCAGUUAGAACAACUGACCUUCGUAUAUUCAUAAUUUUUUUUAAAUGUGAACUGCCUUUUGAAAAGAAGGAAGGAAAUAACCCUUAAGAGAGAUCCAUAAAACAUACAGUAAAUCAAGAUGCCCCAACAUUGUGAUUUUAUUGCCUCACAGCUAAACAAACAAUGAAAUGAUGCAUGGUAAAAUCUAAUAUAGUUUAUGAAAAUGACAGCGUAGACUUCUGAAUAUAGACCUGUUAUUUCAAAUUAAUUUCUAAUUCUUUGCUUUAUCUCUUCUUUAAAUUCAUUGAUGUGUACGUACAAACGCAAAGAUAUAAUAUAUGAAAAGAAUAUAUGGAAAGCAUAGAUUCAUCAAGAAGGAGAGAGCCUUAUUUGCCCUUUCCCAAUGUGCCUUAUAGGCAAUUAACGUCAUUAUCCAACUAUAGCCUCUCUGCAUCAUUGCUAACUUUCUCUUCCCAUAUUUUCUCCCAUUUGUCCCACCAAAAAUAUCAUAUGUUGGUUUUGUAUGUGGUAGCAUCAUCGGAUUACACACUGUGUUCAGACUCAGUGCCUUCUGGAAAAUUUUCCAAUUUAGUGCACACUGUGUGUAAUACUUACCGAGAGGGGGCCCAGGUUAAAGGCCACUAGGCAGGCUAGAGCUUUUCUAAUGACAUCUGAAAGGCAUGAGGGCAUAAAGCGCAUCCCUUCUCUAUCUGCAAUCUACCUGCAAGCCACACUUUCUCGCCAAAUGAAGCAACCCAACUGAAUUUUACACAUACACAGGAGAAAAGCCAAAAGUCAUGGUGAAAAUUGGAAAUGGAAUAAGCCACCUGGGAUGGUGAAGUUCAUGGCUUCUGAGAUAUUAUAACUUAGAUGCAGGAAUUUUCUCUGUCCAAACUUGAUAUCCCCCAACUAAUAUAAAAUUCAAUAACUCUGAUGCCUGAUGCAAUGAGUGAAAAGCCUCUUAGACUUCAGGGGGAACUAGAUCAGAACCUUAGUUAUGUGCAAGAAGUAAAAUCUAGAAAUAGGUUUUAUAUUAGAGAGGGGUACUUUUAUGUUUUUUUUCUCCUGUUUAUUUACUAAAUCAUAGCAUCCAUUUUCAUGACCACAUUUAUCUCCACUGAAGAAUGAGCAUUUUCUGUAAAGGAAAUCAGGUAGCACGCUAAAUAAGACAUUGUAACAUCAAGCGUUUCAGAAAAUCCAGGAGAACUAUUGACACAUUAAGAUUCAGUAAAAUUUUAACCCAGCAUUUUCUUUUUUUGCUUCCCAUUUUGUAUGUUUAAGUUUAGUACGUAAAAAUCUCUGAAAAAUAAUUACUUAUCACUAAACAUCUGAAUAAAAACUUAUUUUUCGCUUA